CCAUGUACAAAAUAUUACACUCGCUCCUCAAAGAGCAUUUCUGCUAGUCAUAAUACAUUUUCACCUAGCGCAGCAUGGAGGGAACCGUCAAUAAUAUUGUCACAUGCGACAGUAUCAAAAAGGCCAUGCCAUACCAAAUCAACCAAAAAAGUUCUAAACUUUCUCUUGAUCAGAACAACGACAAUAAUCUCUCAGCGUCGUUCGCACCAAAACAAUGCAGCACAAUUGGCCACCACCUUGCACGGCGGCUCGUGGAGGUCGGCGUGAAAGAUGUGUUCUCGGUCCCCGGCGACUUCAACCUCGGUCUUCUCGAUCAUCUCGUCGCCGAACCGGGGCUCAACCUUGUUGGCUGCUGUAACGAGCUCAAUGCGGGCUAUGCAGCAGACGGCUACGCCAGGUCCCGCGGCGUUGCGGCCUGCGCGGUGACGUUCACCGUCGGCGGGCUCAGCAUCUUGAAUGCGAUUGCCGGCGCAUACAGUGAUGAUCUUCCGGUUAUUUGCAUAGUUGGUGGUCCGAACUCCAACGAUUAUGGGGCUAAUAAUAUUCUUCAUCACACCAUUGGCUUACCGGAUUUUAACCAAGAGCUCCGAUGCUUCCAACCUAUCACUUGUUACCAGAGCGGCAUACCCCAUCCUACCUUCCUUCAGAACCCAAUGCCGCUCUUCUUGUCUCCCAAAUUAAGCAAUCAGAUGGCUCUAGAACUCGCCGCAGAGGCGGCAGCAGAGUUCUUGAACAAGGCAACAAAACCAGUGAUGGUGGGGGGACCAAAACUAAGACCUGCACGGGCUUCCAGUUCCUUUCUCGAGCUGGCGGAGGCGAGCGGUUACCCCAUCGCAGUCAUGCCGUCGGUGAAAGGAUUCUUUCCGGAGAACCACCCUCACUUCAUCGGUACUUAUUGGGGCACGGUGAGCACUCCCUUCUGCGCCGAGACCGUGGAAUCCUCCGACGCUUACCUCAUUGCCGGGCCCGUUUUCAGCGACUGUACUUCGGUUGGUUACUCCCUCUUGCUUAAGAAAGAGAGAACGAUUACUGUGCAGCCCCACAGUGUGACGAUUGGAAAUGGUCCGAUAUUUGGCUGCGUUGAAAUGAAGGACUUUUUGAAAGCAUUGGCAAACCGUGUUAAACGCAAUGCAUGUGCUUAUGAGAGUUACAAAAGGAUACGUGUGACGCAGGAAGUUUCUGUUAAAUGUGAUCCCAAGGAGGAAAUAAAGGUCAGCGUUCUUUUCAACAACAUAGAGAAAAUGUUGUCUGGUGAGACAACUUUGAUUGCUGAGACUGGGGUUCCCUGGUUCAGCUGCCAACAGUUGAAAUUACCACAAGGAUGCGGGCUUGAACUUGAAAUGCAAUAUGGAUCAACCGGUUGGUCUGUGGGUGCGACUCUAGGGUAUGCUCAGGCUGCGCCAAAUAAGCGUGUGAUUGCUUGUAUAGGCGAUGGGAGCUUCCAGAUGACCGCUCAAGAGUUGUCAACUAUGCUGCGUUGUGGGCAAACGAGCAUUAUAUUUCUGAUUAACAACGGGGGAUACAGUAUAGAAGCUGCCAUACAUGAUGGUCCUUAUAAUGUGAUCAAAAACUGGAAUUACACCGGUUUGGUUGACGCAAUUCACAAUGGUGAAGGAAAAUGCUGGACGACUAAGGUCACAUGUGAGGAGGAACUUGUGGCAGCGAUUGUAAGAGCAACAAGUGAAAAGAGGGACUGCUUGUGCUUUAUAGAGGUGAUUGUACACAAGCACGAUACUAGCAAAGAGUUGCUCGAGUUGUGUUCAAGGAUCUCUGCCGCCAGUAUUCGCCCACCCAACCAUAUCUAGAGAAUAUAAUUGUCCCUUUUUUUUCCAAUACAGAAAGUGGGACAACACAAAUAAAAUGCGGUGUUUUACGCAUUUGCCCCUAUACUUGUAUGGUUUAGUAAUUUGCCAUCCGAACUUUUUAUAUCAGUAAGUUGGCCUUUCAAUUAGUAAAAUUGUUAUAAUAUGACCCAUUUUAAA